AUCGCAGCUUGUCGUUUUUGCUUAUAAUCGAAUUUAUCGGUCAUAACCUUUAAUCUUAAAUCGUUGCAUUAAAUACUUUAUGUCUAUUUCUUCAACAUAAGUUUUAAUUGCAUAUUAGCGUAAAAUGCCGGAUCAUCUUGGAGAUGAUAUGCGAAAGACUAAAAAUGAUGAAGAUAAAGAGGAGAAGGAUAUUAAGCCUCUGGACGAGGGUGAUAUUGCAUUGUUGAAAACAUACGGCCAAGGUCAAUAUACAAAAAGUAUAAAACUAGUCGAAGAAGACAUUCAGACUAUAAUAAAGCAGGUCAAUGAACUGACCGGAAUAAAAGAGUCAGACACGGGGCUCGCUCCGCCCGCACUUUGGGAUCUAGCAGCUGAUAAACUGGCGCUACAAAAUGAGCAGCCUCUACAAGUCGCUCGCUGCACAAAGAUUAUCAAUGCAGAUUCCGAUGAUCCUAAGUAUAUUAUUAAUGUUAAGCAGUUUGCAAAGUUUGUAGUAGAUCUUGCAGAUUCGGUUGCGCCGACUGACAUUGAAGAAGGAAUGAGAGUGGGAGUCGAUCGUAAUAAGUACCAAAUUCAUAUACCACUGCCACCGAAGAUCGACCCUACCGUAACCAUGAUGCAGGUAGAAGAAAAGCCCGAUGUAACGUACAGCGACGUCGGUGGUUGUAAAGAUCAAAUUGAGAAAUUAAGAGAAGUCGUGGAAACUCCGCUACUUCACCCGGAGAAAUUUGUGAAUUUAGGUAUCGAGCCACCAAAAGGCGUGCUUUUGUUUGGUCCACCGGGAACUGGAAAGACAUUAUGCGCAAGAGCAGUGGCUAAUAGAACGGAUGCCUGUUUCAUUCGUGUGAUUGGCUCGGAAUUAGUCCAGAAAUAUGUUGGCGAGGGAGCCAGAAUGGUAAGAGAAUUAUUUGAAAUGGCUAGGAGUAAAAAGGCUUGCUUAAUAUUCUUUGAUGAAAUCGAUGCUAUUGGAGGUGCUCGAUUUGACGAUGGAGCCGGCGGUGAUAACGAAGUUCAAAGAACUAUGCUCGAGCUUAUUAAUCAGCUCGAUGGAUUCGAUCCACGAGGAAACAUCAAAGUUCUCAUGGCGACCAACAGGCCGGACACUCUAGAUCCUGCCCUCAUGCGACCAGGUCGUUUGGAUAGGAAAAUCGAGUUUGGCCUUCCGGAUCUCGAGGGCCGCACUCACAUCUUCAAAAUCCACGCUCGACCAAUGAGCAUCGAAAGGGACAUUCGUUUUGAAUUACUCGCUCGACUCUGUCCCAACAGCACCGGCGCCGAGAUCCACUCGGUUUGCACGGAGGCUGGCAUGUUCGCGAUCCGCGCGAGGCGUAAGGUCGCCACCGAAAAAGACUUCCUCGAGGCGGUGACAAAGGUCAUCAAGUCGUACGCGAAAUUCUCGGCUACGCCAAAGUAUAUGGCCUACAAUUAAGCGCUUUCGUACUUUAUCUUUCUUUUUUUCUACACGAAAUUUCAGUUGUUAAACGCGCGCACACGCCCACGACA